AUGUUGUCGUUCGGCCACUGUAUCGUCUAUAUUGAACAGAAAGAACAAGUUCUAUUUUUAUUUAUGGAUGCUAUUGAUUUACAUAUAAGUUCAACGUCCUAUCCACCGUUUUUACAAGAUUUUCAAUCUGAUCCUUGUCAAGUAUGCUCUGAACAAUCUUCAGGAUGGCAUUGUGGUGCUGUUACAUGCGAAGCGUGUAAAAAAUUUUUUCUUCGAUCAAUAAAUGAAGAAUAUUUAAAAUAUAAAUGUGUUAGAGAUAAAAAAUGCCUUAUUACCAGAAGUACAAGAACACAAUGUCAAUAUUGUAGAUAUCAAAAAUGUAUUCAAGUUGGAAUGAAAAUAAAUGAAGAAAAUCAAAAUUCAAAAAUUGAAGAUAUUUUUAAGCAAAUUCCGUGUUCCUGUUGUACGGCUCCAUCAUCGGGUAUUCAUUUUGGUGCUAUGACUUGUGAAGGAUGUAAGGGAUUCUUUCGACGGACAAUGAAAGAACGUACAUCUCAACGUUAUACAUGUUUGGAAUCGAAUAAUUGUGAGAUUAAUACAUCAACAAGAAAUAUAUGUCGUGCUUGUCGAUUUCAAAAAUGUAUCAAUGCUGGAAUGAGUAUUGAAGGUAGUCGAAUUGGUCGACAAAGUAAUUUAUUCAAACAAAAAAUGUUAAGUAUGCAGAAAACGGGCAAUAUUCCAUCAUCAUUACUCAAUGCUCUCACAAAUAAUGAUUAUGGUAUGAGAACGUUUGGAAAUAAUUUGAGAUAUAACAAAACGAUAGAUAAAUCCGUUUCAAUAGUUAAUAUGGAAGAGAAACUUGAACCACAUGUUAGAUCUUUAAUAUCAAUUAUUGAAGAAGCUUAUUGCAACAAUAUUAAAGAAAUUCCUUCGUGUAUAGACAAAAUGAAUAUUUGGGAUACGUGCAUUAGUCAAUUGGAAGAGUAUGCAAAACGAAUUAUGAAUUUUUCAACAGAAAUACCAGGAUUUUCAACAUUUGCUCAUAGCGAUCAUCUACUAUUAAUUCGAUCAUCUGUUCAUUCUGUUAUAUUAUUAUGUUUAUGUACUCAAGCAUUACAAUAUCAUUCUCAACAUCUUCUUUAUUCGCGUGAUUAUCAAAGACAGUCUGAUCAACAAUACCAUCUUAAUUUAAUAAAUAAUAAUAAUAAUAAUAACCAAAUAGAUUGGAAUUAUUUUAAUGCUCAUGAAUCUGAUCUAUGUGAACGAUUACAAAUAAAUUUUAGUGUAUUUUUUGAAAUUAAACGAAUUAUGUUUCAUUCAAUUGAAAAUGAAUUAGAACAUUUAGAGUUAGAUGAUAAAGAAUUAUCAUUAACACUUGCUCUACUCAUUACAUCAACAGUGAAUUCAAAAUUAAUUGAUCAAAAGAAAAUUGAACAACUUCAAGUCGAUUUGUUUUGUGCAUUAGCCGAUUAUAUGGAUGCAAAACGUGGCACAAAUAAUAAAGAUUAUUAUGUUUUAACAAUUCAAAUUCCCAUUAUUCGUCGUAUAAACAGUAUUAUUGCUUCGUCAAUUUAUCAUCUGAACAGUGUAUGUCCUCAACCGUUUCGUAUACCAAAAUUUUUCUUACAAGACGAUUUGUUAGAUCAAAAUAGAUUAGAACAUAACCAUGAUAAUUUUUUAUUUUAA